AUGGAACCCUCAUUUGAACCAUCGACGAUACAUUGUUACCCCAAAUUAGGUCAGUGCCUCCCUCUUGAUACUUUGCAUUCAAUCGAUAUAACCAGAUCAAUAUUUGUCUCCUCUGGUCGAUCAAUCAACUUCCUGCAUAUCAGAAACCUUCUUGAUGAUGAACCUUGUCCCCCUUGUGAUUGUAAAGAUGCAUUUAGCAUGAAAAGGACUUCAGCUGAAGUUCCAAAAUGCAAGUUUUUUAUGUGGAAAGAAAAAGAAAUGGAAGAGGGUUACUACAAAGACCAGCUUCACAAGAUGAGGUUUGAGCUGAAAAGGAAAAAAGACUUUAGUGAUGUUUUGAAGAUUCAAAAGAAGUUGGUUAAGCUGCAGCAAGCUAUUGAAGCAGAUAAGCAAGUGUUUAAGACACAGUUUAUAGAGUUGAUGAAGCAAUACAGUCUGCUGAAGUGUGGGAUAUUUGUUAUGGUUAUUGUAGUCAUUGACAUGUGGUUGAAGUGCCCUUGA